AUGACUGUUCUUGAUGCAAAUGGCAGAAAGUUAAUCGUAUCGAAGAAGACACAAGCGUCAAUGUUCACUGACGAGCUCCGCUUGUCUGCCCUUGUCCUUUCGUAUUCACCCAAGAGCGAGCAAGCAUGGAGCCAUAGGAGGUGGGUGAUCAAGAAUAUGGCCAAAAAUCGUACAACUUUGCAAGAGAUUCUGAGGGAAGAAUCUGACCUGGUGGAGAAGAUAGCAUAGAGAUCAAAGAUGAACUAUCGUGCAUGGAAUCAUCGCUGCUGGUUGGUUUCUUACAUGGAUAGAGAACAGGUGAUACAGGAACUGAGCAAUCCAAAAUGUGGGCUGGGUUACAUGUUGCUGAUCAUUCUUGCUUUCAUUAUCGCAUGAGGAUUGCUGUCGUAAGCAAGAAGAGGGGUCUUGUGAUUCUUGUGUUGAAGUUUAUCUGAUCUGGCAGGAGGAGCUUGACUGGAAUGAAGAAUUAAUAAAGCGUUAUUUAGGAAGGGAGGUAUUUUUCUCAAGCCCAUUUAAAAUAUGUGAAUAUAGGGGAUCUUGACAAACAUGAAAAUCGAUUACUGCGUUCUGCAAAUUAAAGUAGUUGUGGAAUUGUUUCUGAUCACUUUCUUUCCAUUGUAACCUGAGUUUCCUCCAAAGCUAACUCCCACCCCAAAUCCCUUUUUGUUCACAGGCUCUAUGGCUCUACCGUCGCUUUCUCUCCUUAUUAUGGAUAAGACAUUUCACAAGCGAUGUCAACGACGUGUCUUCCUCACAAAAAAGCCAAUCUAGCAUCCAAGUGAACGUUAGUGUGUUUUUGGAUAAGGAGUUGCUCCUCGUCAAUUCAUGCUCGGAAGGAAGUGAUGAUGAGUUUGAAGAUUUUGAAGAACAAGCAAUUUGUUCAGCAUCUUACAUGUUAUGGUUGACAAAGCAAAUCCCUGAAACCCAGAAGUUAGAACUGAGGGAGAAGAUAGAGAAUGAGCGCCUGGACGCCAUGUUGAAGUUGGUGUCCCUGAGAGGUCCUCCAUUUGGGGCUAUCUAAGAUUAGUAAGUCUAUUUGGCUGCCAUGUACGCUGGAAGUGGAUGGUAUUAAUUUGUUGGACGAAGUGUAAAGGUAACAAACUACAGUAACAAAUAACUGAAUAGUUGUCCACUUAAAAAUGAUCAUGAUUUCGCUCGUCUUUGUUUUGUCAAAAGACUCAAAACAUGAAUGGGCGGCGUUGCAGUUACAGCUGGAAGAAUUUAUGUUACCCGAGUCCCA